AACUAAUAUUAUAAUGAAUAGUAAUAAUGAAAAGGCGAAAAUUGACUCAAUAAUAGAUUAAUUCUAUGGGUUUAAAGUUAUUGAGGAAGUGCCAGAAGAGGAAAGACAUUUUGAUUAGAUAGUUUCAUAACCGGAUUAAACAUAAAUUUAAAAGAUGCUUGUAUGAUUAUAGCAUAUUAGCAUAGGAUGAUAGUUUGCAAAAAAGAUAAGAGUUUAUCUAAAACAAUGACUGCAAGGAAUAUUCAUAAAUGUUAAUAAUAUCUUAGAUAAGAAUGGAUUUUACAAAUGAUGAUCCAUUUCUUAAACAUCUUAUGAAUGUCGAGAAAGCAAUAAAGAAGGCAAUUAGAAAUAUCUUAUUGCAAUUAUAGAAACUAGAAAAUAAACAACAAUUUAAAGAGGCUUGUGAUAAAUUGAUUAAAAUAUUUUAUUAAGAUAUCAAUAUCGGAUUCAUCACAUCAACUGGACAAAUAAAAUCAACAGCCUAUGCUUUUAUUCUAAAAUCAAUAAUAGAAUUAAUAAACAGAAAGAAAAUUAAUUUAUAAUUCAAAAAGAUUCCUCUUAAAAUCACCUUAACAUUCUUUGCAAUAGAUUCUCUUUAGCAAAUCAUACCAGCAUAAAAACUAUAUGAUCCUAGAAGUGCAUUUAUUAGAAAUAACAAAUUUUUUAAUGACUAUAUAAUACUGUCCUAAACAAAUCAAGACGAACUAAGGAGUGGAGUAUCGAUCUUCUUUGUGUACAGACCAGAAGAUGAUUAAAUCUAUGCUUUAAAACGAGUAAGAAUUGAUCUAACUUAAAUUCUAGAGCAAACUUCAAGCCACUCAACUUGAUUUUUUUUCUGUAUUUUCUACAACUGCAUCAAAUACUCCAAUAACCCCAGACAUUCGAAAAAUCAGAGAAGCUAAAAUACUUUCUAAGUUAACUCAUCCAAAUAUCCUAAGGUAUUUGUUUCUUAGUAAUUCAAGACUUUUUGCAUGGUGGAUUGAACAAACAAACGAUGGCUAUUAUCUAUAUAUGUAACUUGAAUAUUGUUCCUUUCCUGGUUAUAAAUAUUAACCAACUGACUUGUUAACAUUUUCUUAUUAUUAUUUAAAUGUUAUGUAAAAUGCUGAAAAAAUACAUAAAAUUAAAUCCAUUUUAAAUCAAAUAUUAGAUGGUCUAGAAUACAUUCAUUAAAGAGGAAUUAUACAUAGGGAUUUAAAACCUGAAAACAUUUUUGUCACUAUCAACAUCAAAGGAGAUUUAUAAGUAAAAUAUGUUACAAAUAAACUGGUUAGGUUGUUUUAGCAGAUUUUGAUUAGGGAAAAGAUGUUAGAGAAGAAAAGCUAUCCACAAUGACUGAUGAAAGACUUCCCUAAGAAGAGCUCAAUUCUAUUACUUCUUAAAAUACCAUAACAACAGGCACUUGUGGAUAUUAAACUGCGAAUUAUAUUAAGGAUUCUCAUUAUGGCAUGGCAGAUGAAUUCUAUGCCAUUGGAAUUAUUUUAUUGCACCUUGUAAUUGCUUUUCCAGGAGAACCUAAAAACAGAAAUCAUUAUGCAAAGACAUUUGUGAUGGCUAAUCGUGCAGAAGAUGUAUUAUCAUUAUUUGAUACUUGGGCUAAUAAGUUUGUUAAAAACAAAAGUAUCGAUUUUUCAUUCACUCACUAUAAAAAUGUAAUGGAUCUAGCCAAAUUAUUGACAAGCUCAAGAAAAUUAACUCAUGAUGAUGUGAGAAAAAUGAUCAAUGAAUUAUGAGUUUUGUUAUGUA